CUUUCGUCAAAUCUCUUUCCAUCUCUUCUUUUCUUUCUUUCCAUCACAUCUCUUCUUGUGUCGCAACAGCGCUCAAGCUUACCCACUCCCCUCAAAAACACUCUCCUUAACGACAGUGCAUCUGUCCUGUACUCUUAUCCCCAAGACUUCAAGUCUUAUCAAAAACAUCUAAAACUUCGACCUCCUCAUUAGAUAUUAAAGAUGGCUCCUGCUGCUACCGCUGCUGCCUCCUCUGGCAAGGGCUCUUUCGACCUCGCCACCCUCUUUGUUGCCGACAAGGCUGCCCGUGACGAGGCUGGUCUUGCUCUCGCCGACGCCGUCAAGAAGUCAGGUGUUGAGUUUUUCACUCAGAUCGGCUUCAACGAUGCUAUCGUCAAGGCUCUCAAUGACAAGAAGUCUCAAUCUGCGCGUGAAGGUGCCUGCGAGGUUAUCUCUACUCUCUGCGAGAACGGUGCUGCUCAGCUUCUCGAGCCUCACGUUAUCUCCUCUGCCGAGAACACUCCUUUCCCCGCUCUUCUCGAGGCUUUCGCUGACAAGGUCGCCGCUGUCAAGACUGCCGCCAUCGCUGCCGUCAAGGCCAUCGUGCAGAGCAUGAACCCAUGGGCUUCUUUCGUUCUCCUUCCCGCUCUUCUUAACUUGAUCAGGACUUCUGGCAAGUGGCAGAUCAAGGCUGGUUCUCUUGAGAUUCUCCAGCAGUUGAUCACUUCUGCCCCUUACCAGAUGGGCGAGGCGAUGCCUGACCUUGUUCCUGUUCUCGCCGGAGCCGUUUGGGACACCAAGUCUGAUGUUAAGAAGGCUGCGAAGGCUACCCUCGAGAAGGCUGUGUCUCUUGUCGAGAACAAGGAUAUUGAGAAGUUCGUUCCUGCUUUGGUUAAAUCUCUCCUCAACCCCAUCGAGGAGGUUCCGAAGACUAUUUCUCUCCUUUCAGCAACCACCUUCGUUUCUGAAGUUACCGCCCCUACCAUCUCCCUCAUUGCUCCUCUCCUUAUCCGAGGUCUUGAUGAGCGACCUACCGCCACCAAGCGAAAGGUUUGUGUUAUCGCCGACAACAUGUCCAAGCUUGUCGACUCCGAAUACACCGUUCGACCUUUCCUUCCUCAGCUUUUGCCUCGUCUUAUCAAGACUGCUGAGACCAUCGCCGACCCUGAGGCUCGAUCAGUCGCCAACCGUGCUAUUGUUACCCUUCGUCGAAUUGGUAAGGUCCCAGUUGAGUCUGAUGGCUCAGACCUUCCUCCUCUUCCUGUCGCUGAGGGACCUCACCUCGCCACCAACUUCGUCGCUCUUGUCAAGAAGCACGGUGGUGUUUCCGUUGAACAGACCAACCCUGGUCUUGCCUACGCCGGUGUCCUCGCCGCUUCUCUUGUGAACCACCACAACUUCGACCAGAAGACUUGGGAGUCUACUCUCCCUCCUUAUCUCAAGCUCGCUCUCCCUUCCUACGACUCUCUUCCUGCUGUUCGAGAGCUCCUUCAGAAGAAGGCUGAUGAGGCUGAGACUGACGACGCCAAGUUCCCUGAUGAAGAAGAGGGCGAGGACCUCUGUAACAUUGAGCAGUUCAACUUGGCUUACGGUGCAAAGAUCUUGCUCCACCACGCCAACAUGCGUCUUAAGCGAGGCCACCGAUAUGGUCUCUGUGGUCGUAACGGUUCCGGGAAAUCUACCCUCAUGAACGCCAUCAUCAACAAUCAAGUUGAGGGCUUCCCUCCCCCCACCGAAGUUCGAACUUUCUACGUUCAGCACGACAUCGACGGUUCCGAGGCUGAGAUCUCCAUUCUUGACUGGGUUUUGAGUGACAAGCGAUUGCUCGCCACCCCUGAGGAAAUUAAGUCCACUCUCGAAUCUGUCGGUUUCGACGAAGUCAAGCAGAAGAACUCCAUUGGUUCUCUUUCUGGCGGUUGGAAGAUGAAGCUUGCUCUUGCCCGAGCCAUUCUUUUCAAGGCCGACAUUCUCUUGCUCGACGAGCCUACCAACCAUUUGGAUGUUCUUAACGUUGACUGGCUGAUCAACUAUCUCACUUCCCUUACUCGAUGUACCUCCAUCAUUGUCUCUCACGACUCUGACUUCCUUAACCGAACUGUUACCGACGUUCUUCAUCUUAACAACUUCAAGUUGAAGAGGUACCCUGGUAACCUUGAGGAAUUCGUCAAGCACGUCCCUGAGGCUAAGUCCUACUACCAACUCGAUGUCGCUGAGGAUUAUCAGUUCAAGCUUCCCAACCCUCCUCUCCUUGAUGGUGUGAAGACCAAGGAGAAGUCUUUGCUCAAAAUGCGAAACGUUUCAUUCCAGUACCCUGGUUCUUCUAUCCAGCAACUCUACGACAUCUCUCUCCAGGUGUCUCUCUCAUCUCGAGUUGCCGUUCUUGGUCCCAACGGUUCCGGUAAAUCUACCCUUGUUAAGCUCCUCACUGGUGAGACCGAGCCCAACCUUGGCGGUCAGGUCUGGAAACACCCUAACUUAGUCAUCGGUUACGUCGCCCAACACGCUUUCCACCACAUUGACAACCACCUUGACUCUACUCCCCUUGAGUACAUGCUCUGGCGAUACCAGACCGGUGAGGACUUGGAGGAAAUGCACAAGGCUAACCGGGUCAUGACCGAGGCCGAGCUUGCCAAGAUGAAGGAGGGUGCCACCGUUAUCAAGGACGGUGUCAAGCGAAUCAUCGAUGAGCUUGUUGCUAGAAAGAAGCUCAAGCAGUCCUACGAGUACGAGGUAUCCUUCAAGGGUAUGUCCUCUGCCGAAAACAUCUGGAUUUCUCGAGACGAACUUGUUGCCCGUGGUUUCGAGAAGAAGGUUAUGGAGCUCGACACCAGGGAGGCUCAGCGAUUGGGUCUCAUGAGGCCCUUGGUCAGGAGGGAAAUCGAAAAGCACUUCGAGGACUUCGGACUCGAUGCCGAAUUCGUCUCCCACAACUCCAUGCGAGGUCUUUCCGGUGGUCAGAAGGUGAAGGUUGUCCUCGGUGCCGCUACCUGGCGAAGACCCCACAUCAUCUGUCUCGACGAGCCUACCAACUAUCUCGACCGAGAGUCCCUUGCCGCCCUUAUCGCGGCCCUUAAGAACUUCGAGGGUGGUGUUCUUAUUAUUACUCACAACCGAGAGUUCUCUGAGUCCAUCUGUACCGAAGUCUGGGCCAUGCGUGAGGGUCAUCUCGAGGCUUCUGGACACAACUGGGUUGAGGGUCAAGGCUCCGGUGAGAGGAUUGACAAGAAGGCCGGCGAUGACGACGAGGUCGAGUACGACGCUUUGGGUAACCCCAUCGUCAAGGCGAAGAAGGAGAAGAAGCUUUCUGCCGCCGACAAGCGAAAAGCCAAGAAGGACCGAAUGGCUAGAAGGAAGCGAGGAGAGGAAGUCUUCAGUGAUGAAGAGCUUUAAGCUUCCUUUUAUAGUGCUGGAAGUGUUUCGUGGUUAGUAGAAUAAUGUAGACUUCUUUUUUCUUCGCCAUUGCAUGAUGUAUAUACCCAUAGGGACGGUAUUGCCAAAUCCACACGUGUAACGCAACGUUGAUCCAACAGGGAUGAUGCAAUUGAACUCUGAGUCCUUGUCAUCCGCUGACUAUUCACUAUCAAAUGGGAAGGAGGACGGAGGGGAGGUACAUUCUUUUCCGUAGGUACCAGUACAAAUAAUUCACAUUUACGCGGUGGCC